AUCACUGAUCCUAACCUAACCUAAUAAUCAGUUUAAUCUGAUGGAUCACUGUUUAUGAAAUCCGCAUUCAUUUCUAGUUGAUAUUGUGCAGAAUCGAAAGCGGCUGUAAAUAAAAGAAGGAAGAAGAGAUAAAAAAAGAAAUAAUAACCAAACUUUAAAGUCAUUUUAAUUUAAAGUUGGGUUAGUUCAAAUUGUUGAUUUUUAUAGGAUUAUGGCUGUUUUAAGACAUAUAUCUAGAAUAACUUUGAUAAACAAUUUCAAAUCCGAAAGUAGAUUACAUAUAAACUAUCCAUGUGGAACUUGCCUUCGAUUUUUAAAUUAUUCUGCCAUGGAAUAUGAUGAAUCCAAAAAUCCUGCCCCUCUAUUUUUUGAUCGAACAGUGCAAUCUUUAUUAAAAAGUUUAACAAGAAUAGAUCUAGCAAAAGUAUUCAGAAAACGAAAAUUAGGAGGUUACAAAUUAGAAGAUCCACAAUAUAAAUUUAUGACCGACGAAGAACUUCAAACAUCGAUUAAAGAUGCUCAAGAACGAGCUAAUAAAAUGUUACAAAUUCCUCCAGCAGUUCCUAAACGUACAACUACAAAUCGAAUGUUUUCUAGUGACCCUGCACUGGAGGGCUUGGAAACAUGUCGAAUGGUUUUUACAGAUAUUACUUUCGGUAUAAAAAAUAAUGAACGUGUCAUAGUUGUAAGAGAGCCGGAUGGUACUUUACAAGAAGCAGACUGGGAAUUGAGAGAUCGAAUGAAUCAGUUGUAUUUUCCAAGAAAAGGUAGACAUAUUACACCACCAAGAAUGUUUGAAGAUGGAUAUUUAAAAAAAUUAUUAGAUAGGCACGAAUAUGAAUUUAUUUUAGAUCGUGCUUGUAUCCAAUUUGAACCUGACGAUCCUAAGUAUCAACAUGUUGUUUCUAUAACUUACCAGUAUAUUAAUGACAAUAAUGAUUUUGAUGUGCUAAGGUCAACGAGGCAUUUUGGAGCAUUAACUUUCUUUCUUGUGUGGAACAAAAAUAUUGAUAAUUUGCUAUUAGAUCUUAUUGAAACAUUGCAUGUUGAAGAAGGGCAUGAUUUAACAAAACUGUAUUUUAAAGUACAUAAUGUUUCUUUAUCAUCUAGCAGUAAUUUAGAAGCAAUAGAGGAAUAUAUUGAAAAGUAUUCCAAUAAGAAACCACCCUUACAAUUAGCUGUGCAAGCCUAUAAAGAUUUAAUUAAACAAAAAGAACAACUGGCAACAGGGAUACAGGCCGCUCAUGGUGUGUAGAAAAUAUUUUAUUUAUAAUUAAUAAAGUAGAUUUAAUUUCA